UGAUUAUUACAGCCUCUAUAUAUAUAGAAGCCAAUUUGUAGCUUUCUUCUCUCACCGAAUCAUCAAACUCACACACCCUUUUGUUGGCUUGGCCUCUUCUUUCAUUCUGCUGAAAGCUUAUUAUCGAUCCACCUCCCUUGCCAAUUAACCAUGGGACCUGGCGGACCAGGAGGGCGUGGCGGUGGACCCGGUUGGGGUCCAGGAGGACCUGGUGGUGGACCCGGAUGGGGGCCUGGCCCUGGUGGGCCUGGUGGUGGACCCGGUUGGGGGCCUGGCCCUGGAGGACCUGGUGGCUUCUUUGGUGGAUGUGCUAACGGUUUAUGCAGCCUCAUAUCUUCAUGCUUCUACUGCUUAUGCUGUUGCUGGUUGGUGCGAGAUUGUUUCGGUGGUCCACCACCACGAGGCCCUUUCUAGUACCAGGAUUGAUUAUUAUUAUCAUUAUAUAAGUAUUUUUUAAGUUUAUAAUCUGCACUGAACUGCUACUAGUACUACUACUAACCUGGAUUAGUAAAGUUGAAGAAGGUUCUCUUCAUGCUGUCUAAUUAUCCAUGUCCAUUGUUUAAUUUGGCUGUUGUGUUAUGACCAAAAAUAAAAUUAAAUAAAUUGGUGGUUGUGUUAUUUGCUUUCA